UUAUAAAAUUUUGCAGACAAGCAAUUUUUCUCUUUCAUUAAUGUGCAUUGGUGAGGCUGCACUGAUAGGCACUGAUGAGGUGGCACAGAUAGACGGUACUGAUAGGCGGCACUGAUGAGCUGGCACUGAUGAUGCUGCACUGUAGGCGUCACUGAUGGGCGGCUCUGAUGGGUGGCACUGCUGGGUGGCACUGCAUGGUACAGCACUGUUGGAACAGGUGGGUGGCACUGCAUGGCACAGGUGGGUCGCACUGUUGAGACAGGUGGGCGGCACUGCUGGGCACAGGUGGGUGGCACUGAUGGGUGGCACU